GCCCAUAGGACACCAAGCUUCGGGUACUGGGCUCGGCGCGCCGGUGAUUUCCGACUGGGAGGGCAGAGCUCCAAGGAGCGUGAGCGUCGGGACGCCUGACGCCGGCACGCACCCUUCACAGCGCCUCCUACUCGCCGGACUGGAUCGAAAGCUUGAUUGGCGACUGAGGUGGCCUCGGGCACCGUCUAAUCGCGGGACGCUGCCUCUGUGGAACGGGGGUGGCCCUCGCGGGCGGCCAGUCCCGAAGCACGCGGCACACCUUCCCAGUGCUUCAUUCGUCUGCGGAUGCCACAGGCCAGGGAGGUGGUGUCACCGCGCGACGGCCUGGCGAGAUUGUGACUUCAGGCGCGUAUGAGCGCCGAUUGGCCGGGCGAUGUGGCGCGGACUGGCGCUUGGGAGGGCGAUUGGCUGCGUGGCCCGGGGGUGGGGCCAGUGGGCGGUGCGCGCCACGGACAGCGCUCAAAGUCUGCGCGCUCGGGGGCCGGUGGUUGUCCGGGUCCGGAGGACGCUCAGUAUUAGUGUUCUAGGACAGAUCAGACAUUUUGUAAUGAUGCCUGAAAUAAACACUGACCACCUCGAUGAGCAACAGGUUCAACUCCUGGCAGAGAUGUGUAUCCUUAUUGAUGAAAAUGACAAUAAAAUUGGGGCUGAGACCAAGAAGAAUUGUCACCUGAAUGAGAACAUUGACAAAGGAUUAUUGCAUCGAGCUUUUAGUGUCUUCUUAUUCAACACUGAAAAUAAGCUUCUGCUACAGCAAAGAUCAGAUGCUAAGAUUACCUUCCCAGGUUGUUUUACUAAUACUUGUUGUAGUCAUCCAUUAAGUAAUCCAGGCGAGCUUGAGGAAAAUGACGCCCUUGGAGUGAAGCGAGCAGCGCAGAGGCGGCUGAAAGCUGAGCUAGGAAUUCCCUUGGAACAGGUUCCUCCAGAAGAAAUUAAUUAUUUAACACGAAUUUACUACAAAGCUCAGUCGGAUGGUAUCUGGGGUGAACAUGAAAUUGAUUACAUUUUGUUUGUGAAAAAGAAUGUAACUUUGAAUCCUGAUCCCAAUGAGAUUAAAAGCUAUUGUUAUGUGUCAAAGGAAGAACUAAAAGAACUUCUGAAAAAAGCAGCCAGUGGUGAAAUUAAGAUAACGCCAUGGUUUCAAAUUAUUGCAGAGACUUUUCUCUUUAAAUGGUGGGAUAACUUAAAUCAUUUGAAUCAGUUUGUUGACCAUGAGAAAAUACACAGAAUGUGAAUAUGUAGGUGAGUGAUUACUGAAAAAUUUCUCUAUUUAACAAACUUAGAAUGACUUUUUCAGUUUAAAUUUAGUUCACUAUCAUCAGUGUGAUAUAUACACUGACACUUUAUAACUUGUGUAGAAAAAACUAACACUUUUGUUUCACACACCCUGGAUAUGUGUUCUGUUUCUAAAUGACAUUUGUGAGAGAUUAUUGUAAAAUGAGAGAGAUCAAAUAGAAAUUUAAUCCGUGCAGACACAUGCUUAUGGCAAAUUUGAACAAAUGAGUGAAGCCCUGUGUUUUUAGUAAGCUGUGAUAAACAUUUCUGGAGCACUUGCUAUUUGUCAGAUACUUUGUGCCGCUAAAUUUUUAUCAUAGUUCAGAAAAAUGUGCAAAAGAAACUAUUGCUUAGCUCCUUCAAAACAGUCCUAAUUUAAAAAACAGUCCUAAUUAACUUUCAUAUUAACAGAUCAAACUAGCAGGGCAGGUUCAAGGGAAAUUAAAUAAUGUGGACCCUAAUUUGUAUCAUUCUGAGUUGAUUGUGUGGUUUAUUCAUUCUGGAAAUAUGUUGAUACUUAAAGUCAGCCAUGGCUUUUGGUAAGUGAUAUUGAUUACAUUAAAUCUUCUUUUAUUUUAUUUUAUUUUUUUUAUUGCAUUUUAGGUUUGGGGGUACAUGUGAAGAACAUGCAAGCUAGUUGCAUAGGUACACACGUGGCAGUGUCAUUUGCUGCCUUCCUCCCCUUUCACCUGUAUCUGGCAUUUCUCCCCCUGCUAUCUCUCCUCAGCUCCCCAACUCGCCACCCACUGCUGUCCCUCCCCUAUAAAUUUUCUUUUAAAUAGUAUUUGCCAGUUAGCAAAGUCUGUAUUCUCAGAAUUACAGUGGGCACAGAGGUAUUCAUAAAAUGGGAAUUGAGUUGCACUCAACAAAAAUUGUUUAACCAUGACCUGUUGACAUUUGGGCUGGAUAAAAUCCUUGUGGUAGGGGUCCGUCCUGUGCAUUAUAGGACGGUGAGUAGCAUCCCUGGACAGCACAGCAGAUGCUGUUGGCAUCCCUCUCUGAUGACACCCAGAAUUAUACCAAAUGUUGCCAGAUGCUCCUGGGGGCCAGAGUCAACGCCCAACUGAGAACCACUGUCCUACAGAGUCAGGCGAUACUGUAGAGAGAAACAACAAUGACAAAAGUCAGUGUUCAUGUUAAAUAGAUUUAGAUUAUAGAAUGUGUAUAUUAAUGUUAAAAACUGUACCUUGAUCAAUGUACUUUUAUAAACUUGCCAUAGAUAUCAAAUUUGAAAUCUCAAGAUAGCUUUAUUAUUCUUAAAUGCUGUAUAAUAAAGAAAAAAUGAAAAUUUAUUUCUUACAAAAUUAAAUGUUUGUUAAAUUUAAUAGAAUUAUUCGUUUAUGGUUAACUUUGGACAAUUUAUAAUUUCAGAUAAGACUGUAGCACCUAUUUUAUUGAAAAGUAAAAAAAUUGCAUUUUAA